AUGUUUCUCGACCAACCACGCCAGCCGCUUCCAGGCAUUCAGGCCCUCUUUGGGAUCGGCCGCAAUGACCGCUUGUCUGCGAUUGCCACCAUCCCGACUGACCAACUGCCGCCACCCCGCCACAUCGAGCCCCGUCUGAUGCCCGGAGGACACUCGGACACUGCUGCCAUAUCCUCCCGCGCUGGCCACUAUCCCCCCCACGUUACAUCCGAAGUCUCGUACCGUGCCGAACGUCCAGACCGAGACGUCUAUCAAACUCGCCACGCGGACAUGACGCCCCGAGCCGCUCCCAGUGCCACACUCGCUCCAUCUGAGCCCCCAUCUCAUCAUCUCCAUUCUCACCACCGGCGCGUCAGCUCGACUUCUUCGGCCUCGGCGUCUACACGGAGCCGCAGUCCUGUUGCCCCUACUCAGCCUCAUUCUCAGCAUGUGCUGAUGCGCGUGCAACAGCCCCAACCCGAAGAAUUCAGCAAAGAAUUUCUCGCCGCCAAAUACGAGUGCCAGUAUUGCGGCAAGCGUUUCAAUCGCCCAAGCAGCCUCAAGAUCCAUGUGAAUACGCAUACAGGAGAGAAACCAUACAAAUGCACCUUCCCUUCGUGUGGGCGUCGCUUCAGCGUCAUGUCGAACAUGCGUCGUCAUUCCGUGUACAUAAUCAAACAUCCCCCGGUGGUCACGGUGCAAAUUUAUCGGAGUGGCGAAGCGAUGAUGAAGAAGGGAGCGUAA